GCGAGCAGAUUACGAGCGCUGAUCCGGGAUCUUUCCUCUCAGGCUGGGGAGAGCGCGCGACGCGCCGGUCGCGACUGGAUCUUAGUUCUCCGGAACUUGGCCGAGACCACCGUCAAGAGAAGAAGAAGAAGCCGAAAGCGGCGCCGAUGAUAGCGCCGGAGCCCGUCAAAGUCCACGCAAGCUCUGAGAAGUUAAAAGCCGAGGACUCUUCUCCGCCUCGUCGCAACGGGAGCAUCUCACUCUCAAUUGGAUUAAGAGGGGGGGAGGCGGAUUAGCCUGCCGGCCAGCCUGCGGAUCGCCUCGGAGAUGCCAGAAUAGGAACAAGAUGGCCGCCCGUCUGCCGCUCUGCCAUCCAUCGAUUCUGCGAUUUGGCAUCCCAAAGGAGUCGCCCAGAAAAAGUUCAGGGCCGACGCGGUGACACUUCCACGUCCUCGCCGACUUUUGAGCCGCUUGAGUUUUGCGCUUUGAGCGAUGAGGGCAAAAGGGCGGAGGCGCGAGUGUCGCUGCAGGUCACGUGACAUCAUCAUCACCAUCAAUGUCCCCUUUUGACUACUUUGCCACGUCGGUCUUUGAGUGAGUGGCGCGUUGUUUUGAGUUGACAUGACCUCGUUCGGACAUUCAUUCAUUCAUUCGUCUUUGAUGCCACGAUUGGUGCCACAUGGCCCGACACCUCCGAUGAACGCGUGACGUCACGAGGAAGCGUCACGAAAGCCGGCGUCCGACCUCUCGCCUUUCCUUGGGGCCGCCGGCGAGGAGACGACAUGGACCUCGGCCCUCGGCGGGAUGAGAGCGAAGGCGGCGCCGCGUCGGCGGUGUCGUGGCGAGCGUCGGCAGACGGCGAGCGUCUCGUGGGCCGGAUUUUGCUGGACAAGACCGCCGGGGACGGAUGGGCGCGCGGGGACCCCGGCACGCCGCUCGGACUCAAGGCUCGUCCUCUCCUCCUCACCCCGCCGUCCGUCCCCCUUUAGCCGGCCGUCCGCGGCUCUCUCGAGCGACCGUCUCAACCCGUUUGCUCGGCGUGACCUUGUUUGAGCUUGCAGGUGACGGGCGGUAAAAUGACCGAUUCCGGUCAUCUGUGCGCGUUCAUCACUCAAGUCAAACGAGGAAGUCUGGCGGACAUCGUGGGACACCUGAGAGCAGGCGAUCAGGUCGUGGAAUGGAACGGUCGCGUCCUCCGGGGAGCCACCUUCGACGACGUCUACAACAUCAUCUCCGAGUCCAAAUCGGAGCCGCGGGUGGAGCUGCUGGUGUGGCGACCAAUCAGGUGAGCUCACCGUCUCCGAGUCGGAACGCGGCGUCACCUGACUCCGAUGGGUGUUUCCAGAGCCGCGGAGCCUUGCCACGGCCAGCCCGUCUCCGCUCCCGCUUCCUUUUCCUCUCCCGUGAGCCCAAACGGCAGGCGAGCGCAGGUCCAGGUAAGUCGACGCGGCGCGCGGCGUCAUCUCGUCGCCGGCCGCUCAGCAGAAACGAGUUUGUCGUGGUUUCAGGCGGGGAGGGAGCACGUUUCGGUUCCCAGACUUCAGGCGAAGCUGUGCUACGAUCGACUCGGAAGUCAGCUCGUCGUCACCGUCCUCGGGGCGAAAGAACUUCCCGUUCGAGUCGACGGCCGCCCCCAAAGCCUUUACGUGGAAAUCAACUUGCUUCCCGACAGAAGGUCGGAAGUCGAAGCGAGCCGUCCGAACGGCCUCCGGGCGAGGCGCUCGGCGGCCGAGGACAAGAUGCUUUUCUCUUCAGCGCCACGAGCACGCGGAGGACAAAGACCGUGAAAAAGUCGGCGGAACCUCGGUGGAACCAGACCUUCGUGUACUCUCCGCUCCGCCGAAGGGGCUCCCGGGAGCACGCGUUGGAGUUGACGGUCUGGGACGGGGCCGGCGUCGCCGAGGAAGAGAGUCGCUUCCUCGGAGAGGUUGUGAUCGGACUGGAGGAAAGCACCCUGAUGGAUGAUCGGCCGCACUGGUUCAAGCUUCGCGGGAGAAGUGUUGCCGCGGUGCCGCAAGUGGCCGCCUCUCACUCCCGACGCCGGCGGCGAGCGCCGCGGCACGUGGCCGCCGACAGGCUCCAUUCUUUCCAGAGGUUCAGCGACGGAGACUUUUCCGAUUACGACGGCGAGGACGGCACGGGGGCGAUCUCAGACUCCCGGCAGAACGGCCGACACCCGUGGGGCUCGAGCCGCGCUCUGAGUGAGCGCGGCUCGUCGUCUUGUCCCGGUUGGCGAAGUGACCCGGCGCCGGCGAGGUGCUCGUCGUCCCCAAUCCGCAGCGUAACCCCGCUUUAUCCGCUUUACCGCGACGACGCCGUGCGCCUGCUGCGAGGCUCCAAGGUCACCCGAGCUCAUUCCGACGUCGGACUCCACGGCAGCCUGGACAAGUGGUCGUCGAGGACGAGGUCCGGGGCAUUUUCUCUCGAUUCCAACGACGGGUACGGGAAAAAAAAGACCCCACCAAAACUCUCUCGUGCAAAUUUGAAGGUGAAUGUCAAAAGGGACUUGUGCCUCCAUUCCGCGCGUAGUUACUCCGGAAGGUUUUGCAACGCUUCCUGGCCAGACCAUCGGGCGAACGGGAGCGUCGAGGACUUCAGCCAAAACUUCAAUCCAGACUUCCCUUGGGAAGGAGAAGCCUUCAACGAGGACCCGCUGAGAGGAGGGCGGCGUGACGGCUGGCUCCCCGCCAGUCCCAUCAGAAGCCCCGAGUGCGGCCGCCGAGGACGCCGGCUGCCCGCCGUCCCGCCCAAAGGUGCGGCGGACAUACUUUGGGCCACGGCGAGCAAAGGGGCGGCAAGUGGAAUUGGCGCUCCCCCCGCUCCUCUCUCGCCUCCCCCCUCGCACGGCCAGGCUCCUCCCACCGGCCACCAACAAUGCCCUCCGCUCAUUAGAAUCCAAGCUCCACCUCCCGCGGUCGAGCCGCAUUCGCGCCCCUCGACUUCGACCAUUGAGGGGGGCCGCCGCCAAGCCGCGCGCUCCCCUCCUCCCCCACCAAAGCCGUCUCCUCCGCCCGACGCCCCAGAAUUUCCUCCGGCUCCUCCCCCACCCUGGUCAACUGUUCAUCCGGCUCCUCCACCCGACGCCCCCGAAUGUCCUCCGGCUCCUCCCCCGCCCUCGUCAACUGUUCCCGCAGCCCCUCCCCUCUCCGCUUCUCAACACGCUUCCCCCCCUCCCGUGACAACUCCUGAUCGAGAGCCGCCCCCGGCCCCCUCCGUUCGCCCUCGAGCUCCGGCUCCCUUGGCGGCGAGCGGCUCUCCGGCUCCGCCCCCUCAGACUCCAGAGGCGGAGAGACGUUCCGCCACGCCCGGAGGGAGCAGGAAAGAGGUCACGUGGGAGGACCGGCGGACCGAGGCGGCGAACGGUGCGGCCAAGCGUCCGGAAAAGACGCCGGACGGCCCGUCGUCAAAGUCGUCCCUCGGCAACGUGAGCGACUCGUCGACCCCGUCCGCCGUCCUCGACGACCCCCCGAGCGUCAGUCAGGCGGACGCUCCGGAGGAUCCGUCGGAGGACUCCGGGAUGGGAUCGGCAGAAAAGGCCGCCCUCGGGACCAACGACUCAAUGGAGGAAGGGGAGGAGGAAGAGCCCGCGUCGUCCAAGUCGGCGGCCGCGCCCGCCGCCAAGUCCGCCGGCGACAUUUGUUCUUUGAGCCGCAACGACGACGACGACGACGACAAGAAGCGGCGAUCCAGUUUGGGCGCUCGGGUGAUGGGAAUGGUCGGACUGGGAAAGAAGAGCCAAAGCGCCUCGCAACUCAACCCGGAGGAGGAAGAGAAGAAGAAGAAGGUGGUGAGACUUCCCGUCCAGAGGAGCGUGGAGACCGGACUGGCCGUGGAGUUCAAGUCUCGCUUCACCCGACAGCCCAGCCGCGAUCCCGAAGCCGAGGACCCGAAGCCCGGCGCUUUGAUCUUCCCGGGAGUCAAGCUGGCCACAGACAGACACUUCAGCGGUUUCCUCGACGGUUUAGGUCCCGCCCAGCUGGCUGGGAGGCAGACGUUGGCCACGCCUGCCAUGGGAGACAUCCAGAUCGGAAUGGUCUACAGGAAGGAGCGUCUCGACGUGGAGGUGAUCCGGGCCAGGGGGCUUGUGGGUAAACAAGGAAACAAGAACACGCCAGCCGCAUAUGUGAAGGUCUACCUGAUGGAUAACGGCAAAUGUUUGUUGAAGCGAAGAACCCGCCUGGCCAGGAAAACGCUGGAUCCUCUCUAUCAACAACAGCUGCAGUUUGAAGAGAACCCGGAAGGCAAAGUUCUGCAGAUCAUCGUGUGGGGCGAUUAUGGCAAGAUGGACCACAAAUCCUUCAUGGGCGCCGCUCAGGUUCUACUGGAUGACUUGGACCUGUCCGUCAUGGUGAUUGGCUGGUUCAAACUGUUUCCGGCCACCUCCCUGGUGGACCCCGCUCUGGCCCCGCUGACCAAUAAAGAGACGGAGGGCGAGAGCGCGCCGUAGGGCAAA